CUCCCACGUUGGUUUGCACACACCAAGGAAUCCAACAUGUGAGCAGCCGGUCUGAGGCGGAAGAGAUCACCGGCUCUUCACAGCUGAUUUUAUUAUUCUGUUUUGGAAAACCAAACUGGUUGCUGAUAUGUAACACAUGGAUAAUGGAUCGGAUCCGGACGUGUUGCCAGGUCCUGCUGCUUGUUGUGAGCGUGUGCGCGGAUUCAGCGGUGCGUGAUGGGGACAACGCGUCUUGCGAUGGGGCGUUUGAUAUUUAUUUUGUUUUGGACAGGUCAGGCAGUGUGUGGGGACACUGGAAUGAGAUCUAUGAAUUUGUGGCGCAACUCACUAGCAGGUUUGUCAGCCCCAGGAUGAGGGUCUCCUACAUCGUCUUCUCAGCUCGGGCAGUUGUAAUACUUCCUAUAACUGGAGACAGUGCUAAAAUAGACGAGGGUCUGGAUGAGCUGAGCAAAAUCCAGCCAGCUGGUGAGACAUACAUGCACGAAGGUUUGAAAGCGGUGUCAGAUCAAAUGAAGAGCCAAACUUCACCAUCAUCCAGUAUCAUCAUUGUUCUGACUGAUGGCAAGCUGGACGUCUAUCCCUUUGAACUGAGUGUGAAGGAGGGUGACAUAGCGCGAGGAUUUGGAGCCAGAGUGUACUGUGUCGGGGUCAUGGACUUCGACCACAAACAGCUUGCUGAAAUAGCAGAUAGCAAAGAGAACGUUUUUCCAGUUUUGUCUGGCUUUCAUGCCCUCAAAGACAUCGUCAACAAGGUACUGAAACAGUCAUGCCAUGACGUGUUCACAAUAGAGCCGUCCAGUGUUUGUGUGAAUGAGUCUUUCAACGUGGUUCUGAAGGGCACUGGCUUUAGUGGAUCCAAGAGGAUGGACAAUGUUCUCUGUUCCCUCACCGUCAAUCAAAUGACUCACACUGAGAAGCCAACAGUAGUCAGAGACGGUUAUUUACUGUGUCCAGCUCCUCGUCUGCAUGAAGUCGGACAGUCAAUCCAAGUGCUGGUUAGCCUAAACAAUGGACAAUCCUUCAUCUCCGGUCCAAUAACCAUACAUGCCACAACAUGUUCAGAUGGGACGUGGGUGCUGUGGCUGCUGUUAGCUCUGCUGCUGUUACUGGUCCUGGGUUUGCUCUGGUGGUUCUGGCCUCUCUGCUGCACUGUGGUCAUCAGGAACCCACCCCCCUCUCGUCCUCCCCCACCCCCUCCGGUCAUUGAGCCAGAGGAGGAUCUUUUGCCGAAACACAAGUGGCCUAUGGUGGAUGCUUCAUAUUAUGGAGGCAGGGGUCCUGGAGGAAUCAGACGCAUGGAGGUGCGAUGGGGACAGAAGGGAUCCACAGAGGAAGGAUCACGGUUAGAGAAAACCAAAGACGCGGUGGUCACUCUGCCAGAGGAAGAGGAGGAGGACAUCAUCCCUCGACCUCCUCCAAGACCUCCCCCGGCCUAUAACCCUCCACUUCAGUCCAAAUGGUACUCUCCCAUCAAGGGGCGUGUGGAUGCGCUGCUGGCAUUACUGAGGAGACAGUACGACAGAGUGGCAAUCAUGAGACCUACACCUCAGGAUAAGGGCCGCUGCAUCAACUUCACCAGAAUUCAAACUCGCUGAAUUGCAAACACGAGGAUCAACUUUCACUGGUUUGAAGUUUUUUGGCCAAAGAUGAUCAACACAUGUUCUCUAAAAAUGAAUGUGUGUUGUAAAUAAACUUCCCAACUGAGGGAAUGCUGUCUGUUCAGCAAAACCAGAAAUCUUUG